AUGGUGGACAAAAAGGUUUUGUGGAUGCUCGGCGAGCUUAGGGGGUUUGAGAAGCCGAAAAUCAAAUUGGAACAAUAUGCGACGUCGGCGGAAAUUGCGGUAUCGAUGAUGGAAUUUAUCGAAGAUCAAGUCGGCUUCGAUAAUGCGACUGUUGCCGAUCUUGGCUGCGGUUGUGGAAUGCUGAUGACAACGAUCGCCGCGUGCUAUGAGCCGGCGACGGUCAUCGGCGUUGACAUUGACGAUGAUGCUCUGAAGAUUUGCUCCGAGAAUUUGAGCAUCGCCGAAGUUCACGAAACUUGUGAGCUUAUCAAAACUGAUGCUCUAACCGUCUCCGAUGUGCUCAAACCAAUUUUUGAUAUAGUUGUCAUCAAUCCGCCAUUUGGGACGAAGAAUAAUGAAGGAAUUGACAUGAAAUUUGUGCGCGCUGGAUUAUCGAUAACGAAACCCGGCGGAAGUGUGUAUUCUCUUCACAAAUCAUCAACUCGCAAAUUCAUUCUUCAAACCGGCCGAAAUUGGGAGAAUGUUGAAUCGGCGGAAUGCUGCGCUGAAAUGGUUUGGAAUCUUCCAGCCACCUACAAAUUCCACAAAAGCAAAGCCGUUGAUAUUCAAGUUGAUCUUAUACGAUUUAUAAAGAAAUAG